ACAAAAUGUCACAAACCUUUUAAUCAGACUCUGGAGGAUGUCUUUAAACACUUAGAGUGGGAAGAUAGAGGUUUAAAGAUAUUUGGACACCGUUUGAAUAAUUUAAGAUAUGCGGACGAUAUCGCCCUAAUAACUGACAAGAAAGAAGAACUGUCAGAAAUGUUGGAAGAACUGGACACUGUAGCAAAAAGAAUAGGUCUUAAUAUGCACUACACGAACACUAAAAUCAUAACAAACACAGAUGAAGAAAUAACAGUUCGAUGUAAAAAUAUAAGUUUUUUUUGUUUAUAUCACAUUUGUUUUGUUAACUUUUAGGGGGGUACAUAUUUUCGUUGGGACACCAAUACAAACAAUUUAAUCUGUGAUAUUACUAAUCAACAUUAGUGUAUAACUGUAAUCGACGUCCAAAAAGUCGCUUAUUAUUAUUUGUACCAUAUUCAAUGUUUGUACGUAGUUUACUUAUCGGUCGUUACCCGUGUCGCUUAAUAACUUUGAUAAAACUGACAAGAUAUACCGAGCGUAUCUUUAUAUGGAGAGAUAGAUUAAUAAGUAGGUACCUAAUCCUAGUUUCAGCCAAAGAGUAAGUAUUCUUUGGUUUCAACGUAGAUUUAAACGAGCUGAAAAUGAAAGAAUAUUAGAAAGUAAAGAAAACAGGAUACCCAAUAAUUGCAUCAAAUAUCACGAGGCAAAGGUGAAUGUGUCAACAAUAAAAAAAAACGCGUUAGUCAUCAAAAUGACUUUUCAUAUAAGACCGAUCACUACAGAAGAUGAGGACCAGAUUUCCGAACACAUGCGUACCAUCUUCAGGAGAGACGAACCUUUAAGUCGUUCUGUGGGACUGGCAGAUCAACUGAUCCAAAAAAGUCCAAGAACCCAAAAGGAUAGUUCAAAACGAGAAGUCUCUCUAGUCGCAGUGGACGAGCUUUCCAAUAUAGUUGGCUUGUGUUUGAAUGAAUUCAAGCAAAGAAACGACCCCGAAUCCCAUUUCAAAAGCACUAAUUCGGAUCUACAGAAGAUUGUCGAACUCGUAGAUUAUAUCGACAAAGAAGCAGAUGUAUUUAGCAAGUACCCUGACGUCAAUGGUAUUAUAUGCAUACACAUAUUGUCGGUAGUACCGGCUUGGAGAGGAAAGGGUAUAGCAAAGCAACUAGUAAUUGAAACAAGGAAAAUUGCUAACGCUCUAAACGCACAACUACUGCAAAUGGAUUGUUCUAGUUACUAUAGCGCGCAAUUAGCGUUACAAUUGAACUUUCGUUGCAUAUAUAAAAAGAAAUAUGCCGAUUAUUGUGUAGAUGGAACGCCUGUAUUUCUGAUUGACCAGCCACAUGAAGAAAUUGGAGUAUAUGUGCAGCAUACGAAGGAACAAUUUUUCAGUGUUCUAAUGGAUCAAUUUUACGUGAGACUAGCAACUGACGCGGACAAUGAUGAAAUAUGGGAGUUUUCAAAGAAAUUUUACUUUAAAGACGAACCCCUGAACAAUUUCUUACGUCUACACGAAUGUAUCGAAAGGGAUAGUUUUCCGAUAGUAUGUGAUAAAGACCGAAACUUUUUUCUGCUGGCAGUUGACCAACUUUCCAAUAUUAUAGCAAUAUGCAAGAUCGAACUAAUCAAGAGGGAUGACGCUAAAACUGCGACUAAGUGCGCUAAUGUCCAAUAUCAGAAAAUAUUGGACUUUAUUGAGUACAUUGAUAGAGAAGGUGAUUUGUUUAAUAAAUUUCCUCAGGUAGAGCAAGUUCUUCAGAUAAAGAGACUAUCGGUUGAUACUGCGUGGAGGAGAAGGAGCGUAGCUCAAAACAUAAUAAUGAAGAUAAGGGAACUUGCAACUGCAAUGAAUAUUCAACUCAUUCGCAUGGAAUGUACAAGUUACUACAGCGCCCAAUUGGCGAUUAAGAUGAAUUUUCAAUGCUUUUAUAGGAAAAAGUAUACGGAUUAUCAAAAAGACGGCAAGCCAAUAUUUUCGCCUGAAUACCCUCACGAAGAGGUUGGGGUGUAUGUGUAUGAUAUGUGUUCUUCUAAAUUAAGUUAAAAUUAUUUCCUCAAAUUCAUAAAUUACGUUUGUAUUUUGUCCCGAAUAAAUACAAUUUGUUUUUGUUUUUCUGUA